AUGGGGCUUUCACGCCGAGCCGCUGUAGUAGGAGCUAUUCAUGAGCAGAAGCUCCUGCGACAACGCGAAGCCUACCUGGCUGCAGCAAAGGCUGUACUAGCCGAGCGUCUACAGCUACAGCACACUGCACAGGUGUCUAAGAGGAGAGAGGAUGCAGCAGCGGGGGCCACAUUGCGCAGAAGAGUUCUUGAGCUGAGACAGCGGUUUUCCCCGCGGCUGGAAGAAAGACGAUGCAAGCUGAAAGCUUUGCUUGAUAACGAACAUGCCGAAGCUGAAACUGCACUGCAACAGCUGCAAGAUAAUGCACCAACCAGGGAGAAGGCCAUCCUGCAGCGUGCAACGGCGCUUAAACAGAAACACGAUCAACAACGGGACAAGGAGGACGAGCGUUUGCUAGCUCUCAGAUUGAAACAAGAACGCGGGGAUCUGCGUUUGCAAGAACAUAAGCAGCUUGUAGAAGAGAUGCUGGCAGCAAAUGCCAUGCAAAUAGCUUCAAAACAGAAGCAACAGGAGGAAAGGGCCGAGGAAGAAAAGGUGUUUCAUGCGCUUUGGACAGAAAGCCUUAAUGAAAAAAGGCUGCGCGAAAGAAGGGAUAUCAAUGCGAGUAUAAAGAAGACCGAGCAAACGAAAGCCGCUCUGCUCGAACAGAUUUGUAAGAGGGAGGAGAAGCGGCAGGAGGAGCUGGCAAGGCUACGAAUUGAGAACGAAGAGGAAAUUCGUCGUCUUCAGGAAGAGGCUCAAGCUGCGGCGGAGCAGCGCCAGCAGCAACAAGCAGAUGCAAUACAGCGAAGAAGGGAAAUGGAUCUUGUUCUUGCUGAGCAGCUGGAAGAAAGAAGUAGGCGUCAGCUGGAAGAUGCAGAACUUGAGAGGUCGGGCACUACUGGGGCUUCUCACCGGCUCAGAUCCUUGACACCGUCCUUUCGUAGUUCUGCAGUCAAUCUAUUGGUCCUGAUGCAACAAGAAAAACAGCGGCAAGUUCAGGAACUCCAGGAAUUCGAUGCCUUUUGUAUCAAGGAGCAGCUUGCACAGGAAGAGCGCAAGGAGUUUGAGCGCGCUGAAGCAGAUGCUGCACGGCGGCAGAAGGAGCUUGCCGUAGCCGCUGAAUGCAGAGAACAAAUAAAGAGACGAGAAGCCAGUAAAGCGGCACUGGAAUGCGAGAAGGCGCUCGAAAGGGCUCAGGGGAUAGAAGCCUUAGAACAGUACCAUGCGUCGCUUCGACAAGAGUGA